AUGACGGAUUACAAAUGGGAAGUAGGAACUGUUUUUCUAGACAACAACCACUUCAAGGAUGCCAUUAGGACUUAUGCUAUUCAUGCAGGGAGAAAUAUGAAAUUCUUGAAAAAUGAUAGUAAGCGAGUUAGGGUUGGUUGUUUGGGUGCACAAAAUAAAUGUCAAUGGUUCGCAUAUUGUUCCUAUGUUCGUAGCCGUAAGAUUUGGCAAUUAAGGAAACUACUUGAUGUUCAUUCUUGUAGCAGGGAGUUCAAGAUUAAUAUCAUUAAAGCAAAGUGGCUUAGUGAAACCUUGGAUCAAACUCUAAUAGAGAAUCCAAAGCUAAAGAUAAAUGACGUAACACAAAGGGCUUUAAGAAAAUGGAAUACACAUGUGUCAAUAUCAACAACUCGUAAAGCAAGGGCAAUGGUUGCAGAUAUAGUAGAUGGGUCAUUUAAAGAGCAAUAUAAAAGAAUCUACGACUAUGCAGAUGAAUUACUAAAAUGUAAUCCUGGAUCAACUAUAAAAAUCAAAGUGGAAAAUGAUAAUGAUGAAGCAAUUUUUCAGAGGUUUUACUUCUAUUUAAAAGCAUGUAAAGAUUCCUUUGUCUUUUGUAGACCCAUCAUAGGUUUGGAUGGUUGUUUUUUAAAAGGAAAAUACGGAGGUGAGUUGUUGAGUGUUGUGGGUAGGGAUGCUAAUGAUCAGUUACUGCCCUUAGCGUAUGCUGUUGUGGAAGUUGAAAACAAAGAAACUUGGACAUGGUUCUUAGAAUUGCUUAUUGGUGAUCUUGGAGGUAUUGACGUGUGUGAGACAAUGACCUUUAUGUCUGACCAACAAAAUGGAUUAGUACUUGUCAUUCAGGACCUAUUACCAACUGCUGAGCACAGGUUUUGCAUGAGGCAUCUGUAUGCAAAUUUCAGAAAAAGAUUCUCUGGACAAAAAUUAAAGAUACUCAUGUGGAAGGCUGCUAGGAGCACACACCCAACAGCUUGGGAAAGAGUGAUGUUAACAAUUAAAGAGUUCAAUAUUGAUGCUUACAGAUACCUUAUUGAUAUACCUCCAAGAUUUAGUGGUCGAGGCAUAUGCGACACAAUUGUCAACAAUAUGAGUGAAGCUUUUAAUAGUGUCAUAGUGGAUGCAAGAGGCAAACCCAUAAUCACCGUGCUCGAGGAAAUCAUAGUUUAUUUAAUGGAAAGGUGGGCCACCAAGAGAAAAAAGGUUACAACUUUUGAAGGAAACAUCUGUCCCAAGGUCCUUAACAAACUACAUAAGGAAAAGGAGUUAACCAAAUAUUGGACCCAAGGAGAAAAGCUAUUUGAAGUGAGGCACAUAUCCAUGGUUGGAAAUAAGUACACAGUGAAUGUGGAUGCUCAACAUUGCAGCUGUAGAAAAUGGCUUUUGACUGAUAUCCCUUGUUGCCAUGUUAUUGCAGCAAUGAAUUUCAUCAAUGUCAAUGCUGAGGACUUCAUACCAAUCUACUUUAGGAGAUCCAUCUACGAAGAAAUAUAUCAAUCCAUCAUUUUUCCAAUCAAUAGUGAAGUCUUAUGGGAAAGAACUCCCUACCUUGACGUCCAUCCACCACAUAAGAGGAUCUUACCAGGAAGACCCAAGAAAAAAAGAAGGUUGGAAGAGUGGGAGUUGAGAAAGGAUAACACACAAAUCAGCAAAGGAGAUAAGCCUGUGGAUGAGCAAACUACAACACCUGCUGAGACUGCACCAGAUGCCCAAACUACUGAGAAUGCAUCAACUACUGAAAUUGCUGAGAAUGCACCAACUACUAAAACUGCUGAGAAUGCACUAACUACUAAAACUCAAACAACUCAACCACCAAGGAAUGAAGUGAAGAGUCAAGCAACAUCACUACCAGCACCAAACGAACCAUCUCAGUAG